AUGAGGGCCUUGUCAUUAGUGAAAAGAAUUGAGUUUGAGUUCCCAGGAAAUGUAGCCAGAAAUGCUUUAGCUUUAGGUGAUGUUGAUAAUGAUGGAUGCAAUGAGUUGGUAGUUGGAAAUCACAAUGGGGAAGUUGCAAUAUUCAAGGGAAGAGAAAAGUUUCAAACUAUCACAAAACUGUCCUUUGUAAGUUGUAUUGCAAUUGGUGAUGUUAUGAACCAGAAUAAAAAUAUUUUAAUUGUUGUUACUGGAGAUGGUUGGUGUUAUUUGUAUGCUGCUCCAGAAUAUAGUGACUCAGAGUUGACUAUGACAAAUGUUGAAGGGAUAGAACAGAUUGAUGGUCAGAUACAUUCAACCUCAGGGACUGGUAGUUUUGAAACCCUACCAAGUAGUGAUACCGGGAGUACCAUCAAAAUAAAAAGAGAAAAUGACAAAAAUGAACUAGUUUGCAUACAUAAGCAAAGAAUUCCUGCUAAUGCCAAGCAUAUUAUUCUGGGAGAUAUUGAUGGAGAUGGGUAUACAGAAAUGGUUCUAGGAUUGACAGAUAGAGUUGUUCGUUCAUACAGAUGGAUUGCCAAUCCACAUAAAAGUGAUUUCAACAUUAUGGAUGCUAAUUUGGAUUUUGAACCAUCAGAAAAAUUGCUAGGUAAAUUCCUGGCACUCAAUAAAUGGGAAUGUGCCAACCAAAUAGGAUCCAUAACUUUGCACCAUUCAUUAGAUGGAAAGGCAUCAAUUCUUAUUGCCCAACCGGGAGGAACUUUCAUGAGAAUCAAAUGUUCAUCUGACAGCGUUGCCGUUCAGGAAGAUUUCGAAAACUCGGGGCAUAGUCAUUCCAACAGUUCUGGGGCUGAAGUUAUAUCCGGUACGGUAGACUAUCAAUUCCUGGGAAUAUCUCGAAUGAGAAACCCCAAUAUUUCCACAGAAAUUCUAGGUGAUCUUAGACGUGAACAAACCAGUGAAGUUGUCCCCAGCAAAGGAAAACCCUAUGCUUUAGCUACGCUUGAUGGUACAAUCAUGUUAGUUCAAGAUGAGGUGAUCUCAUGGGCUUUCGCUGUAGAUCAUCAGAUUUUCGCGCUGACUAAACUGGACGUCACUGGAAAUGGUUCAGAUGACAUAGUCGUAUGUUCUUGGGACGGUCAAACUUACAUUUUAGACCAGGACAAGAACUGCGUGAGGUUUCACCUGGACGAGCCAGUGCAAGCUUUCGAAAGCGGUUUCUACAACCUAAAAACAACUGAAGCAGAUGUCACUUGUCUGGUUUACAUAAAUUUCAAAAAUACGAUUGCUGUUUAUUAUGACCUUCCAUUGAAAGAACUGACUUGCAAAAAAUUCGAGCCUGAUCCCGAGAAACUCAGCAAGCUUUUUGUUGGGGACGAUGUUUCCGCAGAAAAAGCACUAGAAAUCGUGAAAACUAUGGACAGAAAGACAAAAAAAGAGCUCGUAGAGCAUUUAUUGUACAAUGUAUAG